GACCUCUGCGUUAUGACCAGACUGCUGGACUACGUGAACCCUUCAGAUCCCAGCUUUGUGGCUGCUGUCCUCACUAUCACCUUCAACCCACUCUUCUGGAAUGUGGUUGCAAGAUGGGAGCAGAAGACACGCAGGCUGAGCAAGGCCUUCGGGUCACCCUACCUGGCCUGCUAUGUGCUAGGGGGUGCCAUCCUGCUUCUGAACCUGGUCCGCUCACACUGCUUCACACAGGCCAUGCUGAACCAGCCCAAGAUGGAGAGUCUGGAUAACACUGCAGCCUACUGUGUGGGCCUUGUACUCCUGGGAGUGGGUGUUGUGCUCGUGCUUUCCAGCUUCUUUGCACUGGGCUUCACCGGAACCUUCCUAGGUGAUUACUUCGGGAUACUCAAGGAAGCCAGGGUGACCACAUUCCCGUUCAGUGUCCUGGACAACCCCAUGUACUGGGGCAGCACUGCCAACUACCUGGGCUGGGCCAUCAUGCAUGCCAGUCCCUCCGGCCUGCUGCUGACUGUUGUUGUGGGCCUCGUCUACGUGGUUGCUGUCCUUUACGAGGAGCCCUUCACGGCAGAGAUUUACCGGCAGAAAGCCACCAAGUCCCACAAGAGGAACUGA